GUUACAAAUAUAUAAAGCAUUGUAUCUUUCUUCACAUGCCGUCUCCUACCUUCUCUGUUCAUUCUCACUAAUUUCCACAUCUAAACUGUUACAGUAGGAGCUAGAACUCUCCUCCUCCCUAUCUCUUUCAUCUUUAAACUCAAAACCCAUUUUCCAUUUUUUUCUUUAGUUAUCAUGGCUUUCGAGAAGAUCAAGGUUGCCAAUCCCAUUGUUGAGAUGGAUGGAGAUGAAAUGACUCGGAUUUUCUGGAAAUCAAUCAAGGAUAAGCUUAUUUUCCCCUUUUUGGAGCUAGACAUAAAGUACUUUGACCUUGGUCUUCCUCAUCGUGAUGCCACUGAUGACAAAGUUACAAUUGAAAGUGCAGAAGCUACGCUUAAGUACAAUGUAGCAAUCAAGUGUGCAACGAUAACUCCAGAUGAAGCUCGUGUAAAGGAGUUUAACUUGAAGCAGAUGUGGAAGAGUCCAAACGGGACAAUCAGGAAUAUUCUAAAUGGUACUGUUUUCAGAGAACCAAUUAUUUGCAAGAAUGUUCCACGGCUUGUCCCAGGUUGGACAAAGCCAAUUUGCAUUGGCAGACAUGCGUUUGGUGAUCAAUACCGGGCAACUGAUGCAGUAAUUAAAGGAGCUGGAAAACUCAAACUGGUGUUUGUACCUGAAGGACAGGAUGAGAAGACAGAGUUAGAGGUUUACAACUUUACAGGUGCUGGGGGAGUGGCAUUGUCCAUGUACAACACUGAUGAGUCCAUUCGUGCUUUUGCUGAUGCUUCUAUGAACACUGCAUACCAGAAGAAAUGGCCACUUUAUCUUAGCACAAAAAAUACCAUCCUUAAGAAGUAUGAUGGAAGAUUCAAGGACAUUUUUCAGGAAGUCUAUGAGGCCAGCUGGAAAUCAAAGUUUGAGGCUGCUGGGAUAUGGUAUGAACACCGGCUUAUUGAUGACAUGGUGGCUUAUGCUCUCAAGAGUGAAGGUGGUUAUGUAUGGGCAUGCAAGAACUAUGAUGGAGAUGUGCAGAGUGAUUUCUUAGCCCAAGGUUUUGGAUCACUUGGAUUAAUGACGUCUGUGCUGGUUUGCCCAGAUGGAAAGACGAUUGAAGCAGAGGCAGCCCAUGGUACUGUUACUCGACACUACAGAGUUCAUCAGAAAGGUGGUGAAACCAGCACAAACAGUAUUGCUUCUAUUUUUGCUUGGUCACGAGGUCUUGCACACAGGGCUAAAUUGGAUGACAAUGCUAGACUCUUGGAUUUCACUGAAAAGCUUGAAGCAGCUUGUAUUGGAGUAGUGGAGUCUGGAAAGAUGACCAAGGAUCUUGCAUUGCUCAUUCAUGGAUCCAAGGUUACUCGAGAUCAGUAUCUCAAUACCGAAGAGUUCAUUGAUGCAGUGGCAGCAGAUCUGGCAGAAAGACUCAGCAAAGCGUAAUUGCCAUGGUAGGUGACAUGAAGAAUGAAGCGGAUGAAAUAAAAGAGAAAGGGAAAGAUAAGGGGUUAUGGCUCUUAUUUGUUUACCAUGUUAGAUUUAGCAGACCCCUCAUGUUUGAUUUACUUCCAUAUCAUUUUCAAUGCGAUUAUUAAUGGUGCACUAUAAACUAAAAUGGCCUUUAUUUUAUGUCUACUGUCUUGCAUGCUAAGGUUAGAAUUCUCCUCUUCACUAUUCUCAAGGGAAUAUGCUUAUGUUUUUGACAAAAUCCUGAAGGGAAUAUGGAAAGGCAUGGAGCUUAAUUAGGUUAA